AUGCAUCCUUCUCUCUUCCUGGCUGCCCUCUGCCUGGGAAUAGCCUCAGCUGCUCCAUAAGUGGAUCACAGCUUAGAUGCACACUGGUCCCAGUGGAAGGAGGCACACGGGAAACUAUAUGACAAGGAUGAAGAAGGAUGGAGGAGAACAGUGUGGGAGAGGAACAUGGAAAUGAUUGAACAGCACAAUCAGGAAUACAGCCAAGGGGAACACAGCUUCACUCUGGCAAUGAAUGCCUUUGGUGACAUGACCAAUGAAGAAUUCAAACAGGUGCUGAAUGACUUUAAAAUCCAGAAGCACAAGAAGGGAAAAGUGUUCUGAGCACCUGUCUUUGCUGAGAUCUCCUCAUCUGUGGACUGGAGAGAGCAAGGCUACGUCAUUCCUGUGAAGGAUCAGGGUCCUUGUGAAUCUAGGUGGGCAUUUAAUACAACUGAUGCCUGGGAAGGACAGACAUUCCACAAAACUGGCAAACUUGUGUCCUUGAGUGAGCAGACUGACUUCUCUUGGGCUGAAGGCAACGAGGGCUGCAGUGGUGGCCUGGUGGAUAACAGCUUCCAGUAUGUUAAGGACAACGGGGGCCUAGUCUCAGAGGAAUCCUAUCCAAACACUGAAAUAACUGAUGGAUCCUGCAAAUACAGGCCUGAGUAUCCUGCUGCCAACGUCACUGACUUCGUGAACAUCCUUCAGCAGGAGGAGUCCCUUAUGGUGUCAGUGGCAACUGUGGGGCCAGUCUCUAUUGGUAUCAAUGCAAGCCUGGAUACCUUGGUCUAUAAAGAAGGCAUUUGUUAUGAUCCAAACUGCAGCAGCAAACACCUGAGUGGUGUUCUGGUGGUUGGCUAUGGAUUUAAAGGAGCAGAAUCAGAAAACAAAAAAAUUUGGAUUAUCAAGAACAGCUAGGGCACAGACUGGGGCAUGCAGGGCUGCAUACUGAUAGCCAAAGACCAGGACAACCAUUGGGGAAGCACCACUAGGCUGAGAGCUGUGACCAUGUUUCAAGAGCCCCUGUGCUUCCCAAAGCAAGGCUCUACCUGUGGAACAGGAGGCUCAGAUCUCCCGACCUCCCUCCGGGUGUACAGCCUGGCUGCCACAGUGGCUGGUGAUGGGGGAGCAGCCAGGGUGGCCCUUCAUGUUGGACUGGCUUUCCAGGGUCACAGCAUGAGAGUGCUCGGCGCGGCCGCGCAACCCCUGCCGCCAGCAGCCCGGCCGCCCGCAGGCCCGAGCCCCGGCGCACCAGGCCCGGCUCUCCCGCCCGGCCCUGCCGACCCAGCUCACCGCGCCGGCAAGAGCGAGCCGGCUCUCCGGGACCCCGCGGCCUCCGUCAGGAGGUGGAACCUGCCCACAUCCUUGCCAAUGGCUGUGCCUGGGGAUCUCCCAGAGCCCACCCUCUGUAGACCAGGCUCCCACAGCAUGAGUGCAAACGGGUUACAGCCCUCAGGCUUUCAGAAACCCCUGCUCCUUCUCCCAGUGAUGAAUAAGAAAACUGGAACCAGGAAAAGCAAGUGGAGUCCAAGGUCCUUACCCGGGAAGGGGCAAUCUGCCCGAAUCUACACUCUCCUCUCGCCGGGCCUCUCUCACCUGCCUGGAGAAACUGCUUCAGCGGAUCUCGCGGUGACCUCUGGGCCCUGUGUCCUGUCAGCCCUGCCCACUGCACGUGCCAGCCAGCGAGCCCGGGUCUCCCAGAGAGCAAGGUCACCACUCACAGCCACAUCUUUAGAAAUAGAUUGGUCUGUAAUUGCCAAGAGUGAAUAUGAGAAGUCUGAGGGCGAAGCCAUCAGCCAGAAACUAGAGGGCAUGGGGGAAGGAAUGCACACGGGGUUGGCGACACUGCUCACGGCCAUGUGCCCCACAUCUACAUCCAAUGGAAGCUUCUGA